AUGCAGCAAAAGUGCGAAGUUCAUAUUUCAGGGGUGACUUUUUCGUAUCUUGUAUCCUCGGUUCUGAGUUUGUGUGGUGCUACAAAGCGGAACUACAAUUUAUUUGGUCAUUACGAAGUUCGUGAAGGCGACACUGACAAUACAGAAAAUUUGUCAGUGUUAGAGGCAAUUGUGACAACAGUAUUACCUUUGGGAGUGUUACCGCCUGAGGGAGCCACCUUUUUGGGGUAUGCGUCGGCUCGAAGAUCUGGGCCUCACAAACUUUCCUUUGAGGACACUAGGUUUUUGCUCGGAAAAAAAAUUUUGUUUGACACCCAAAGUGAAAGUUUUUCUUCUUCGUACCCUUUAUUAUUGCUUUUGGUGACAUUCCACCCAGACGCAUCUCCUUCAACUGGUACAAAUACGUUGGAAUAUUCUGUUAUUCAAUCAGUAUACCCAUUCGACUCUGCCAAAUACUCCUUUACAAAUAAAAAUUUCGUUCCGCUGAAGGUUGAUAAUAUGGUUGACUCUCUUUCGGGCUUCAUCAGCAUUAGUAGUUUAGGGUGUCACAACCCAAGUGAUAAGUUGCGUUUGCCUUUUUUCGUGAAUCGUCCACGGGUUGCUGAAAUUACCUUUGAGCACUCCGUUUCGGAAAUGGAAGAUGCAAGUAGGAAAAUACAGGUGCUUUUCCAACGUCUAACGGACCUGAAAAGGAUUCUCUCUGAAAAGAAAGUAUCCCAUUAA